CAAAUGAGACACAUGCUUUUGUACUUGUAGUAUGAAAGUGUGUUUGUAGUUAGACAAUAUCUGUUUAUUAUUGGAUAUCAGUAUCAUCGAAAAUUUAAAGAUGCCUAGUUAUGAAUUAGCAGUAAUAUUACGAAAAAUGAGCAGGCCAGAACUGGUAACCACGUUAAAACGAACUGGACAAGCUAUUUUUGAAAAAGGUGGUAUCAUUAGAAAAAUUGAAAACCUAGGUACCAGAGAACUACCUUAUCGUAUGCGUGUGCAUAAUCAUUCACAUACAGAAGGAAGUUACUUUCUCUUCAAGUUUGAUGCUCCUACCAACACACUGACAAACUUGCAUGAUUCUUUUUUAAGAGACAUUGACAUUUUAAGGCCAUCAAUAUCAAAAGUAGAACCCGUUAACUUCCCUGAGGAAUGUACCCUUGAAGAAGAGUUACAACCACCUGCUUACAGAAAAAGUGUUGAAGUGUUGUUGAAACAGGAUCGUAAGAAAAUAUUUAAGAAGGGAUAUAAAAAUCUUUCUAACGAAUAUAUUUAAAACAGUAAUACUAUUGUUAUUAUUAUUAUUAGUUUGGCACUUUCCAUGGAAAUAGCAGUAGGCAGUGAACUUAGCCUUGAAUAAAAGUAUUUUUGUUUGUGAAUAUAGGUAAUUCUGUAAAUUAAAAUGUUUGUUGUGUAAACCUAUGAGGAAGAACUUUGAAAUGUUUUGGAUGAACUAGAAACUAUUACUUGAACUUUGACCUGUGCAAGUAGAUUUUUACAAUUCAAAAAUGUUCAGAGAGAAUUUUAACAUCUGUUCUCAAACUUGAAUUUGAGGUCAAAACCUAAUGAAAAUUUGUUUUAUGAAAUUUAGCAGAAUUCAGGAUUUUAAGAGUUUGUAAAUUCAAGAGUUUUUGGGAUUUCAACUAAAUAUAUUGGUACUUCUCUGGAACUCUUGUAACUUUGUUAUUGUACUUUUAUAUCAUUUUUGCUUUUGAAGACAUGUUUAUAGCAGAAUUUAUAAAGACUGGACAGUUCUAUAGUAUUUUAUUUUUGUUGGUUUUAAUUUCAUUUUUCAUCAAAAAAAGGAAAAUUGAAAAUGCAAGCAAGAAAUUAGUUUUCAAACUUCUUGACAGAAAUUCUUGUAACUUGCAUGUAUGUGGGGUGUUCCCAAAAACUUGGAAAAUCAAAGAAAUUGAAAUUAGUCAUGGAAAUUAAUUUUGAAAGCAAAUAUAUAUGUCAAAUAAAACAAAAUUAUCCAUAUAAGUGAAAUUCUAGAUUGUUUGUUUUACAUUACUAUAUUACUGGUAAAAAAAAUAGUUUGAUCACCAUUACGAUAAUCAUAAAAGAAUUCUAAGUUAAAUGUUUUGUACUAUUGUACUUAUUCAAUAACCUGUUCAUUCACUCUGAACAUGAUAUACCUUUUUUGCUCUAUCUCAUUGCAUGCAUGAAGUAACCUGUUUCUUGUAUCUUUCAAAUUGUUAUUGGUAUAUAUAAAACAAACCACUGUUAUGCAUACAGGAAAUGUCAAUUUUGCUGUAUUUAAAGACGAUUGAAUCACCAUUGUAGAAAAUAUUUCAAUGUUAAAUCAUGGUAUCUUAGUAAACUAUAUAGUUAGCUAUAAAAGAUUAUUAGAUAGUUUAAAAACAUGGCAUUUUUCCAACAAAUUAGUUAAUCAGUCAUCAAGUUCUUUUGUCAAUAAAUAUUAAUUUUCUGAAUAGCAAAUGCUUAAGUUAUCCUAGUAUUUACAUGAUGGGUACCAAUUUUUGCCAGUUUGGAAAUUUACUCAUUUGACCUUUGCCAACUAUUUUUGGGAAACAUUGAGUUUGUUGAUGCUGAUGAUAUAUGAAGGAACUUUAUUUCUGGUUUACUGAUUAGAGUAUUCAUAAACACAAGAACAUAAUGUCAUCUUGCAAGUUGAACACCAAUUUUGCUUCACAUUGCUAUAGCUUACUACAUGAUCACUCAAAAUGGGUUUAACAAGUACAUCCCCACCGAUGGAAUAGCAGUAAGCCUACUGACUUUCAAUACUAAAAUCUAGGGUUUGAUUCCCUGUGGCGGACACAGUAGAUAGCCCAACGUGGUUUUGCUCUAAAAAAAAACUAGCAAACACAGGCUUAACAAGUCCAUUCUGACAAAAGAUCGAAGGUACUCAAGCUUUAAUUUGAAGUUUAUUUGAAAUGUAAACAACAAUAGUGUACUGGAGAGAUGUUUUUAUUUUCUCAUAUAGAAAGAAUGAGAUAAAAAGGAAAUACAAAAAAAGUGAGACAAAGUUACUAGAAUUACAUAAAUUUGGUAGUUCAUGGAAAAUAAAUGAUUAACAAGGUUAAAUACAAUUCAGUAGGUACUAAAUCCAAUUUAAUGUUGGAUUAUUGAAAUGGAAUAGAAGGAGUUGGGACAACUAGGCCUUAUUCAUCAAUAACUGUUUCAAUGCAAAAAUAAAAAAAGUUCACUAAUUUUGUAUCAUUGUCAAGUAAUUGAUUUCAGUAUGGAUGAAAAGGUUUGUUUUUUUUCAUUCAUUUUUGCAUAAUCAGUAAUCCAUAUACACUGCUCAAGUAACAACUUGGCAUGGGAUUGUAUUAGACCAACUAAAAAAAUAUUGUUUUUUGUUCCAAAACAUUGGUACAUGCAGGAGGCAUUUAUUUGUAGAUUUCAAUCUCACCUUUCUAUACUUAGCUUAAUAUUUGGCAUAAAAUUACUGUGUGUUUAUUCAAACCUGCCAACAUUUUUAUUCUACAAAAGGAUGGAUUAGAUUGUGGAUUGAAUAGAAAAAAAAAUAUGAUGCACAUUUGCCAAAGUGGGGGCAAAAGGGGAUGAAAACAAAUAUUUUUUUUGUAUUUAGCUUUAAAUGAGUAAAGUUCUCCUUAGGCUUGAAUAAAAACUGGCAUACACUUGUUCAGUGAUCUAUCAUCAGGUUCAUUGUUAUCUUAAGCAAAUAGAUCAGUUACUUAGAACAACAUAAAAGUUGUUUCCUAGAUCUUAUACACAAGUUUUAUGUUUUUUAUUUGUAAUUGUUUUGUAAACUGAUUGUUAAUGAAGUAGUUUGACAAAUUUUUUAACUGUAAUACUUUAUCAGUAAUUAGUACUUCUAUAAAAAAAAACUACAUUUUAAAUAUAUAAAAGUCAAGGCUGAAAAUAUAUGAAAAGUUACUACUAUAUAAUUUAACUUUCUUUAAAUGUGUAAUCAGAGGAGUUAUGUUUUUUGGUAAUACAUGUAUUUUUUAGUAAAAAGCCACCAGUCAUCAGGCUAUUUGUUUUCCUUCUUAAAUCUUUAUAAUAGAUCUUUUUUCCAUGCUAAUCUGGUCACCUUUGCACAUAUACAAACCCUUGUUUGUUGUGACCCAUAAGUUACUAAAAUAUAAAGAAACAUUUUGUUCAAGUCAAAUAAAAUAAUCUUUUAAUUAACUUUACAAUA